UCUCAUGUGAUUUGAUCAAAAUGGUAGUAGGGACAGACAGCUGGAAAAUGACGCUGGCGGUAUUUGUAUUAACAUGCCUUAUCACUAGUACUUUGAGUCUGAAGCACAGUUUUACUGUAGAUUACAACAAUGCAACAUUUCUCCAAGAUGGCAAGCCCUUCCGCUACAUCUCGGGGAGUCUGCACUACUCUCGGGUACAUCCUUAUUACUGGAAAGAUAGACUGACAAAGAUGAGGAUAUCUGGACUAAAUACUGUACAAACCUAUGUCCCCUGGAACAUACAUGAGCCGAUGCCGGGGGACUACCAGUGGACUGGGCUGGCUGACCUCGAGACCUUCCUGAAGACAGCACAGGAAGUGGGGCUCAACGUUCUCCUUCGCUCUGGGCCCUACAUCUGUGGAGAGUGGGAGUUUGGUGGCUUCCCAGCCUGGCUGCUGACCAAGAACCCUGACAUGGUGCUGAGGACCAGUGAUCCGUCUUACAUCGCCGAGGUAGACAAGUGGUACAGUGUGCUGCUACCUAAGAUCAAACCAUUCCUGUAUGAAAAUGGGGGUCCUGUUAUCAUGGUGCAGAUUGAGAAUGAGUAUGGCAGUUACUUUGCCUGUGACUAUGACUACGUCCGCUUUCUGUACAACAAAGUCCGCUCCGUACUCGGCAACACAGUUGUGAUCUAUACCACCGACGGGGAUGGCGACAGCUACAUCAAGUGUGGUGCCAUCGCUGGUGCCUACGCGACUAUUGACUUUGGUGUAACAUAUACUCCUGCCAAGAACUUUGCUGUACAGAGGCACUAUGAGCCAAAUGGACCAGCGGUGAACUCAGAGUUCUACACUGGCUGGCUGGAUCACUGGGGGUCCCCUCACUCCACAACAGACAUGAGAACAGUGGCCAAGAGUCUUGACCUGCUCUUGGACUAUGGUGCCAAUAUCAACAUGUACAUGUUUGAAGGAGGCACCAACUUCGCUUACUGGAAUGGUGCAAAUGCCCCUCCGUACCAACCUGUCCCAACCAGCUAUGACUAUGACUCCCCGCUUAAUGAGACCGGUGACAUCACAGAUAAAUAUAUUGCCAUAAGACAGAUCAUUUCAAAGUACAACCCUCUACCAGCUGAGCCGAUCCCCCCAAAUACUCCCAAGUGUCCUUAUGGUACUGUGCAGAUGGACUUUAUGACCACUAUUCAAGGUUCUCUUGAAACCACAAGUCCUGGUGGACCAGUCAAAUCUCGUUUCCCUCUCACCAUGGAACAGAUUAAGUUUUAUUAUGGCUUCAUCCUAUACCGCCAUGUCUUGAAGAGCAGCUGGACGCUCCCAACAGCACUAGUGACUAACGGAACACGAGAUCGAGGCUACGUCAUGGUCAACGAGGUACCAAUGGGCAUCCUUAACCGGGACCUGGUGUGGCAGGUGAACAUCACCGGGGAGGCUGGCCAGUACCUGGACAUUCUAGUAGAAAAUCAGGCCCGGAUAGGAUUCUCUACUUUGAUGAACUACAAUCAGAAGGGCCUGACAUCCAAUAUAACCUUGAAUGGAAAUGUUCUGGAGGACUGGGAGAUUUACCCAAUAACCCUGGAGAAUAUCCGUUCACCUUCCAACUUUACCAGACAGUUCAGGGCUGGUCCCAAGAAAUCAGCAUCAGGUGAUCUAGAGACUCCCUCCAUCUACAUGGGUAAAAUACCAGUGCCAAACAUGGCAGGCAUGCCACAGGACUCCUUCCUGGACAUGAGGCCCUGGCAUAAGGGUCAAGCCUUGGUAAAUGGCUUCAAUUUGGGACGCUACUGGCCAGUUGCCGGGCCGCAGGUUACACUGUACGUCCCAAAACCUGAACUGGUUGCGCCCCCUGGAACAAACACCCUUGUGAUGCUGGAACUAGAAAGUACAGAAUGUCAGUCAAGGAGCAGCUGCACCAUCCAGUUUGUAGACACGCCGUUUAUCAACGAGACACCAAAAGGAUCGACUUUGUCAUUACGUGUAGUUGGGGAAAAUUUUGAUUGGCACAAAUUCCACUGAUUCAACAUUUUGUUUGUUAAGGGACAGUAUGUCAAUGGUUCUGGGUGUAUAUUAAUCAUACAUGAAAUAGUUGUCAUGUGUGACUUCACAUUAGUUUACGAAAUGAUUCAAUUCUCAAACCAAAACAACAAGAGCAAAGCCUAAAAAUGCAAGCGCUAUGCAGAGGACACUGACUUCAGUCAUCUUGUUUUAAGAGGGAAAUUGAAGAGAAAGCCUGUGUGUAUUUUCUUGUGGAUGUGUUGCCAAAUACUGAUUGCCCGUUUCAUUAGAUUACAAGCCAAUGUUUAUCAAAGACUAAACUACGAUGUAAAUGCCUCAAUCAUACUCAGCCAAUCACCGUCCCAACCAGAGUUCCUUGCGGCAAUCCUUGUACCUCUGUCAAACCAUCACACUUAGACAGUCCAUUCAUGUGUUUUUCAUCUGUUUCAAUUUGGACGAGUCUUCACAUUUGGAUAAACUUGUCAUGAAAUGUUUAACUUUCAAUGAGAGAAUAUCCUUAAAUGUGAUAACAACUAUCACAGUUGUAAUAGGAUAUCUAUAUAAUUAUGAAAGACAAUAUUUACAGCGCACCAAAAGGCUUGCAUUAGGCCUGUCAGUUCUUAUUUCAGAAUAAGUGUGGUUGUUUACAAACAAGAGGAAAGAUCAGUCACGUGAUUAACCUAACAACGCAGUGUAUUCACUGGGGCAGAAAUGUCUUGGGCUCACAUAUGGGUAAAACUACACUGACCCAUGGGUCUUUCAAUCGAAAAUUACCCACCCUUGAUUUUCAUUAACAUUUUGCCAACCAAUCAAACGUUGACUUAAGGGAAUUGGAAAGAGUAAGGGAUUACCCAGAAAUCAAAGUUACCACCUGUUUGAACUGACAUGAGGACAUCCUAUCAAUCAAAACAAUUCUUGAGGGCUUUCUUUUGCAUGCCAGUCAGUUUUUCAAUAUUGAAUUUCUCCCAAAUUCGUCAUUAUCAACAUGACUGGCCAACCCAACAUUGAGACUUGUGUGUAACUCUCAUUCUGAUUGGUACGUUUGACCUGGUAGCGUAGAAAAUCAAAUGGCAAAUGGAGAUCAAGGGCGGGUAUAUGAGAUGUGAGAAUCAGGGGAGAGAUUCCAGGGUUAGUGUAGGAGAUAACGUAAAUCUUAAAAUGAAUGUGAUCAUGAAUUAAAUGCAAAAAAUGCGAGUGGUCUUUGCUCACAUUAUUAAACAUUGCAUUUAUAUCAACAAUAACAAACAAACAACUAUGUAUUCCCCAUCACUGUUUAUUGAGCAGCACUUGUAACAAGUAUAUAAACAAGGUCAUUCAAACACUAAUUACAUCCUGUGAAUUGUCACUGCCUGGGUCAAGACAACAGUUCUUCUUACUUAUGUCAUCACUGAUCACACCUGCAAGUCCAGACAGACGCCACCCACGCAACAUGGUGUCUUUGUUCUUUGAGACUGCGUCAAAGGCCAUUACGAGCCUCUAAAAAAAUUGACAGAUUAAUUACAAAACUCCAAACAGGACACACGAACCUAAAUAACCACCUAAAAAAACUUAAAAGACACACCACAGGCAACUGCCCCCACUGCAAACAACCCGAAACCACA